AUGGACGGUUACGACGGAACCGUGAGGCUCGGCGCCAUCAACCUCAGGCACGAUCGCGCCGAUUUUGACUCCGGCCCCGACGUUUCCGUCUCCUCGCCGGUCACGCGGCAGAAAGCCGCCGCCGCCAAGCAGUUCAUCGAGAAUCAUUACAAGAACUAUCUCCAAGGAUUGCAGGAUCGCAAAGACAGACGCAGGGCGCUGCAGAGAAAAGUGCAAGAAUCUCAGAUACCUGUUGAGGAGAAGGAGGAAAUGAUGAGAAACUUGGAGCGUCGAGAAACUGAGUACAUGAGGCUUCAGAGACGUAAAAUUGGAAUUGAUGACUUCGAGCAAUUGACGGUGAUUGGGAAAGGUGCUUUUGGUGAG